AUGGUUCCAGAACUGAGACUUCUGGCCCCUCCCCUGGGACCACUUUGCCAUGGGAGACCCUACCAGGAGCACCAGCCUCCAGACAACACAGUGCUCAGGUUCAUAGAGAUACCCAAACCUCUCCACCACAACAAGGUGAUUGUUCCCGGAACAAGGGAGGUUCCCUUAGACAGAGCAGAGAACCGUGAACGCCUAGAGAAGCUGCAGGCUCAGCUGAGGUGGAGCGGGUUCUCUGGGAUUCAGCAGCUUUUGUUGAAGGGCUUCACCUCCCAGGCCACUUCUGACCUCACCUUACAGCUCUUCUGCCAGCUCACGCCUGUCUCCCGCGUGCCUGUUGUUGACAGCUCACAGUCUAUAGGUUUCCCUCUGAAUGUGCUGUGUCUGCUGCCACAUCUGGUGCAACACUUUGGUCACCCAACUCAGUUUUGUAAGGAGAGCGCAGAAAGGAUCGCACAGGUGUGUUUGGAGGAGAAGCACACAAAGCUGUCUCAUUUGGCCCAUGUGAUGACUCUCUAUAAGACACGUUCCUACACACGGGACCCUUUCUCCUGGGUCAGUGUGGUUUGCCGCUACCUCCAUGAGGCUUUCUCCGACAUCACUCUCAACAUGGUCACUUAUAUGGCUGAGCUGCUGGAUAAAGGCCUCCCCAGUAUGCAGCAGUCUCUCCUCCAGAUCAUCUACUGUCUGCUCAGUCACAUGGACCUGACUGCUGUACAAGUCAAACAGUUCAACGCUGAUGUCACAAAGACCAUUGAGAAGUUUGUCCAGACAGUCCACUGGAAGGAUGCCUUAAACAUCUUGAAACUGGUGGUAUCACGCUCUGCCAGCCUAGUUCAUCCAGUGUACGGCCACACACAGGGUGAUCUGUCCAAUCUAGAGGUCAGCAGGGUGUGGGACGGUUCAGCCAAGGCUCUGCCUGGAAAAACACUGGACUUCACCUUUGACAUCUCUGAGACUCCAGUGAUUGGGCGUCGGUUCGACGAGCUCCAGGGUUCAGGGGGUAGAGAAGGAAAAGCCAGAGCCAUGGCCGUAACCCGGAGUACCUCCUCCACCUCCUCUGGAUCCAACUCCAACACCAUCCUGGUGCCCGUCAGCUGGAGGCGACCACAAUUGUCUCAGAAACGAACCAGAGAGAAGCUGGUGAACGUUUUGUCUCUUUGUGGACAAGAGGUUGGACUCACCAAGAACCCAUCUGUGAUCUUCUCAUCGUGUGGCGACUUGGACAUGAUGGAGGUGCGGGAGAGUGGUGUGUCAUCAGAGGAGGGCGGAACCAGAGAGGACACACUAGACGACACCGCCAGUGAGCAGCAGUUCAGGGUUUUCCGAGACUUUGACUUCCUGGACGUGGAGCUGGAGGACGGAGAGGAGCUCCAGGGCGAGACAGUCGAUAACUUUAAUUGGGGCGUGCGUCGGCGAUCUCUGGACAGCACCGAGCUGGGCGACUUGUUGGAAGAGAGCCAGCACUCAGGCAGCACCCCCAGUCUGGGUCACGAGGACCCCCACGAUUCAGACGAGUCCUCAGAGGAAGAGGAGUCUUCAACCAGCCAGAGCCUCUCUCACUCUCAGCUUACUAACCCUUCUCCAUCAGAGGAAACCAAUCACACUGAUUCUCUAUCUACGUCUUACGACACAUCUGCCGACCCACAAUCCUUCAUUGCCACCACACCGGGCCAGGGAGCGCUCCAUGAUGAUCACAGUGGCCUACAUACUGGGAGGGUGUGUGGAGAUGAUGAGGACACUCAGGCCCAGGACGACGACCUGUCACUGAGCGCCAACGAGCUCCCUCACGGCUCCGACUGCGGCGAGAGCUUCACCCUGGAGUUGCCGGGGCAACCUCAGGAUCAGCCAAGCAUUCUGGACCACAGACUCAACCCAGACUACUGCCAACCACCGCUGGACUUUCUUGACCCAAACUGCCUGCCCAGCUUACGUGAUGAUGUAGAUGACUUGGAAGACCUUGGUUUUCCUCCUCCCCCCUCUCCAUUUUUCUCCGCCAUCUUGGCAGCCUUCCAACCCACAGUGUGUGACGAUGCUGAGGAGGCAUGGCGUUGUCAUAUCAAUCAGCUUGUGAUUGACUCAGAUGGCUCUUGUGCAGUCCACACUUUUCAAGUCUUCUCAUCUCUCUUUAAGAACAUCCAGGGAAAAUUCUGCCUCCUGACAACUGAUGUUGCCACUUACCUCGGAGAGGGCUUAAGGGGCAUCGGAUCAAAGUUCCUCAGGUCCUCACAGAUGCUAACCACAUGCUCAGAUUGUCCCACAAUCUACAUCGAUGCUGACACGAUCAUGUCCUAUGGUCUCCUUGAAAAGAUGAAGUUCAGUGCGCUGGAGCUGCAGGAGUACCUAGAUACCUACAACACCAGAGAGGAGGCUGCUGUAUCGUGGCUGAGGAACUGUAAGGACACAUUUCCGAGGUGCCCCGGCGACAGCGUGGUGACCUGCCAGCCUGGAGACUCAGAGGAGAAGCAACUGGAGCUUUGUCAGAGGCUCUACAAGCUGCACUUCCAGCUUCUCCUACUCUUCCAGUCGUACUGCAUGCUCAUUGGUCAAGUUCAUGCCAUCAGCUCUGUGCCUGAGCUGCUGAACAUGUCUCGGGAGCUCACUGAUCUGAAGACCAGCCUGCAGGCAGCGGAGGCGGCUGUAGCCAGCGACCUAGAACUCAAACACUUGACCCACACUCACGCACACGCAACCCAGGUGGCGGCCAUGGUUGUGCCCAGCUUCCCAACCUCGGAGGCGGCUGUGCAGGCCAUACUGGAGUGCCUUAAGAACCACGAGUUCACAAAAGCCGUGCGCUACAUCCAGGAGUGCAGGAGGCAGUGGCCCACCGGCGUGUUUGGUGGCAGCUCAGAGAGCGAGGUCCAGACACUGCUCAAUGUCUACUUUCGCCACCAGACGCUGGGCCAGACCGGCACCAUCGCCCUGGUUGGUUCUCGCCAGGACCUCAGCCUGAUCUGCUCCAAGCUGCUGGAGCUCAACGGGGAGAUCCGCGACAUGAUCCGCCGCGCCCAGGGUUACCGGGUCGUCACAACCUACCUCCCCGACUCCAGUGCCUCCGGGACAAGUCUCUGACAGGAGCUCAGGAGCCCCCCACCCCCUCCUUCCCCGCCCUUGCCUCCCCCGUCGCUCCAACCGCUGACCCUUCCAAAACCAUCUCCACAUCCCUCACUGCCAUCUCAGCCUGCUCUUACAAAGGAGGCCCAGCACCCACAUACAUGGCCCCUGCCUCCUCCAGUGGGUCUGCUGCCCCAGCUGCACAGCUCCAGACAGCUACCUGCUUACCGCCCUGCCCAACCGCAGACCCAUAUUUAGACAGGGAUCCAAACCUUUCAACGCUCUCCUCAUCCUCAUCCACUUUAAACUCUGACACGUCUUUGCUUGAUUUUCCCAAACCCCCUGAUCUGUUCUCAUCACACAGCUGCUCAAACACACCAGGCCAACCGGAUUUUACACUGCCGCACACGCAAGAGCCAAGGAGGAGUUACCUCGAUGAGAACACUAACCUUUAUAAUCCCUUCAGAGGACAUUCAUCACACAGUUCUCCUCUGUUACAUUUACACAGCAGCAAACACCUGAUACCAUCUCUUACGUCUAACAUGCUCCUGACUGUAGCCUCAGAACCCACCUUGCUCACAUACUCUGACACACACACAUCACCCAUUCCCCCUCGGGGCUCGCAUCUUCCCCAUUUCCCCCGUUCUCCAUACAAACAUUCAAGCACAUCCCUGAUUCUAUCCCCGGGCUAUGACACGGUCUUAACCCACAGCCCUGCCCCGUCUUCAUCCCUCCUCCCUUCCCCACCUCCCCCUCCCUGUCCCACCGGCCCAGAAGAGGCUACAGCAUGGGGUUGUUGUUGCUCCCUCGGUGGCGCUACUUCGCCCUUAUCUCGCUACCUGGGGAAGGUGGGGCACGCUGCCCUGCCCCUAUUGAAAGUAGGGGGGCUCCUGAAUGCUGAACCGUCAGACGUCCAGACCUGAGACGUAACCUUACCAAGCCAGAGGACCUAAGGAGCUUUGACAUUUAUGAAUCCAAAUGCCUGAACUUGAGCAAAUGCUUAAAUCUGAAAAAGAUAAUGACUUCCUAGACAUACCCACUACAGAUGGCUGCCUGCUGAUAAAGAUGACCUGAUGUGAUCUAUCCGAACACUAGCUUCGCUUUACGGCCACAUGUAGUAAAAUCGAUGUCCUCUUGGUUUAAGCCCUGCUUGAUGGUAAUCUCUCAGCCUGUUAUCUGUUCUGCACAUGAGGACCUUGGAUUUCUAACUUGCUUCCCAGGGGAACUCCAGACCUGAUUGAACUUGAUUGACUGUUGCUGCCUCCUUCAGGAAGGACGUAGUUUGCUGGUAGUAUCACCAGAGACAGUGAGGAAACUACCCGUGACAUUACGUAACAUCACUGGUAGAGUUUUCGCUAUUGCACUAAAUGGAGUUUUGGUAUUAGUUUUUAAAUCAAAUGUUACAGAAAGGAGGUAAUGUUUUUGUUUGUUUUGUUACUGUGAGAGAAGAGCAUGUGACUUUCACUGAGAAGGAAAAGGCCAAAAGCUGGAUUUUCUUUUCUCUCCUGAUGUGUCUACUGUUUUGAGACCUCCUUUUGGAGGAAAUUGUGCAAUGCAUGACCCAGUUGAAUGCUUUCUACUGUACUAGUGUCCCUUUCAGCUCCCCUAACUGCUAAAAUUCACUGACUCCUAAAAGUCUGACCUCUCCAGACUGACUGAAAAGACUGAUCGACAAAGAGCGGAUGCAGAACAUUCAAGCGUAAUUCCUCAUGCUGCCCUUGCUCUGUUUAUAUUCUGUACCAGUGAAUCAGCUCGUCUCCCGACUACUGUUGUAAACAUUGGUAGACUAAUCAUGCCAUCAUCUGUGCACUCCUCUGUGGCUAGUGGUAUCAUCAUUAGCGAGUGUACACACUGUAUAUUUCUCACUGUAACACGUCGACCUUGUGUGUUCACAUGCCAAGAGGACGGUGCAUGUACUAUAUAAACUCAAAUAUUGUCUGUCUGUAUACUGAUACUAGUUAUGGGCAUACAACCGUUGUAGCAUAUGUUAGUGUGUGGUAUGUAGUUACCUUACACGUAAGGGAAAUGCUGACAUUCAGCACUCAUUGAUGUUCAAAACAAAACCUGUGCUACUACUGAAGUCGCAACGCUUCCUGUCGUCAGCCCUUUUGUGACUCCCCCUCGUUUCCACUCUAGAAGUUGUUUGCUGUACAAAUAUCUUUUUCCUAUUUAUAUCUGAUCAGCUAUAAAAUCAACACUCAUUUGACUUAGUUUUUAUAUUGAUGUUCUCUCAAAUCAAACUGCCAUGCAUGCAUCUUCUGUGUACUGUAUGGAGUGUUUGAAAUAUUUAUUAACAAAAUCAUAUUUUAUCUGAAAGAUGUGUUUGUUUGGUGUACAAAAGGGAGCUUUAAGCUCAUGCGGGUAUGUGUUUUCUUUUCCUUUGUGUGGGAGAAUGUUUGUGUGCAUGCCAAACAAGAAAUUGCACAUUUUUAAAGCUUUUUAGAUCAAGACUGUAGUUUCCCCCUCCUUGUAAAUACUUUUACAGCCUUUGUGAAGUUGUUUUGAGUUGAUACUCUGUACAAGUUAGUGUCAAAGUAAAAGACAUUAAAAUUA